AUGGCGAACACAACCCUCGCAUCCGGCCUGCCGCCGCUUCCGGCUUACGAGAUCCAGCCGAUGCCCGACCUCCUGCCCUUCAUAUCCGACUUCUGGCUGUCGCUCGUCUCGACGCAUAUCGCCUAUUGGGUCGUGUCCAUGAUCUUUCACGUCAUCGAUGUCUACGACUUGUUCCCACAGUACCGGCUACACACUCCCGAAGAGAUCACCCAGCGGAAUCUGGCGUCUCGCUAUGAAGUGGCCAGGGAUGUGAUCAUUGAACAGAUAAUUCAGAUGGGGAUGUCUGCUUUCCUCUCGGCGACCGACCCGCAACAGACAACGGGCACGGAGGAAUAUGAUGUUGCGGUCUGGGCGACGCGAAUUCGGCUGGCUCAACGCGCGCUACCCACCGUCCUCGGAACGCUCGGGUUUAACGCCGCGGCCAUCUCCAAGAACAUGGCUGCCUCCUACCCGUUGCUAGCAGGUGCCCUGGCCGGCGGGCACUAUCCCUUCCUCACCACGACCCUCGACGACGUCACAGGGACCGCCGUUCCGGCGUUUGCAACAUGGGAGCUAAUGGUCGCCAAGGCCAUCUACUGGGUUAUCGUCCCCGGGUUCCAGUUCUGGGUUGCCACCUGCUUCCUCGACACAUGGCAGUACUUCUGGCACCGUGCCAUGCACCUGAACAAGUGGAUGUACAGUACGUCAACCCGCCUCUUGGACAACACCAACCCCAUGUGGCUGGACACCUUUUUCCUUCCUCCUCUUGCCUUCACCUCCAACACAUGCGGGUCGAGUUCCGCUCCGGGGCUCAGGCCGUGA